CACCUUUCUGAAGAGGAUUUCCAAGCAAUGCACUUGCAGUGCAGAUUAACUUGGCGCAAAGAUUAAGCAAAUUAACCAGGACGGUGCCUCCAGAAAUAAACUGUUGCUGUGCAGUUAGUUUGACAGCAGCCAUUAUGUACAGUAGAACACGGAAUAACAUUUCAAGGAUCCUUUCAAAACGGUUGGGAAUUUCAUGAUGCCGACGUAGCCAAUCAGCGAUGAUGAAUGAGACAGAGUUUCGGAGGAUCCUCCCUGACCAGUCUUCGGGCAGUGGGCACACCUUUAGCACCCCACGCACCUCAAGGAUCAUCGAUCCUAUCCUAUCGAAGAGAGUCUGCUUCUACAAAAGUGGAGAUUCUCAGUUCAAUGGCUUGCGCAUGGUCAUCAACAACCGCACCUUUAAAACAUUUGAUGCGCUCCUGGACAGUCUUUCUAAAAAGGUUCCCCUGCCGUUUGGGGUGAGGAACAUCACCACGCCCCGGGGGGUUCAUGCAGUCCAUACUUUGGAUGAACUGGUGGAUGGAAAAUCUUACAUUUGCUCCGACAGCCGUAAGGUAAAACCGAUCAACCUAGCACUGGCCAGGAAGAAGCUCCCGCCCUGGUACAACGCCAGGCCUGUUAGUUCCCGUCGUCGGACUGUGCAGCUGGGCAGGUCUUUCCCUGGCCAGAACAUGUUUGUGCGCACACCAAAGAGGCUACUGAUUUUUCGCAAUGGUGACCCCACUGUAAAACACACUGUGGUGCUUCACAAGAGGACUACACUCACUUUUGAGUCUAUCCUGGAACAUAUUUCAGAGCUGAUCCAAUUCCAGGUGUUGAAAUUACACACAGCGGAUGGCAGACGUGUGGAUAGUAUUCCAGGCUUGAUAUUGUGCUCUGGGACUGUAGUGGCUGUGGGUAGGGAGCCAUUCAGGCAUGCAAACUACAAUGCACAGAAAUCACCAGCUCCAACAAUGCUGCCGACCAAACGAAUGGGUCACAGAAGACUAAAGGCGUUAAAACGUAAAAAGAAGUCACUAUCAUACACUUCACAGUCAAGAAAUUUCUCCCCCUCAUCGGAGAGAUACAUUGUGAAUCGGAUCCAUAACUCCAUUGCAGGAAGUUCAUGCGACCUACCCAGUCACUCUGUCGAGGUCGAGUUGGAGUCAGGUCGUAUGCUGGAGUCAGUACCAGAAACACCUGACACCUGCCUUGGCGUCGGAGCUGAAGAGCAGGAGAGCCUGCUGCCCUCAGAUGAUGACAUUGAAAAGUCCUUUCGAGUGAACCAAGAUGGUAGUAUGACAGUGGAGAUGAAGGUGCGGCUGACAAUUAAGGAAGAGGAAACCAUCCAUUGGACGACCACUCUGUCACGCUCAAGUGUAGCCAAUCAGCUAAAUGGGACCUGCUUACCAGAGCCUGAGGCAGAACAGGAGAUAAGCUCACUUAAAUUAAACUCAUUAGAUUUACAAAGUCCUGCUGCCUCCAUCGACACCAUCAACAAAACUAAGGAUAACAAUGACGAAGAUCCACCAUCACUGGGCAAUAGAGCUUUCAGUGAGAGUAGUCAUGAAGAGGAUAAUAUCAAAGUACAAACUGAUGUGGUGUCCCCUAGGAGAGCUCCUACACCGGGGCACAAGCAAAUUACAAAAAAGCAAGUGGAGAGCCUAAAAUCAGUAACGGCAGAGGGGAUUCAGGAAGGUACGAUUGGUUCUUACUCCUACAGAGAGCGGACAGAAAAUGGAGCCAUGACAGAGCAGUACUGCAUGGUCAAACAGAGUAGCAGUAUACCAGUGCCCAAACCUAGAAAUCUUGGCUCUGUCGAUGCCAAAAAUAUAAACAGAAAUGUGUCCACAUUUAAAUCAGCAGGGAUGGCUGAAAUCCAACAGAUUGAAUCCAGUGGAGAGGAGGUCACUGAAACGGUCUUACAUGUAUAUGAACAGCAGACCUACCUUUGUUCACAGGGUGUGUCUGCUUCUGAGAUGCACUUUUGCAGGCCAGCUACUUCAGAAACUGGACAGCUCUCCUCCAGUAAUGAGUUUGAACCCCAGCUCUGGAGACCAUCGACAGCUUCUGAGUCAAUUAGCAUCUGGAGAACUGAGAGCAUGUCAGUAACACCUGAUUUCACCUUGCCUUCACUGAGGACUGGUGCAAUUCAAGCAACAAAUGCUCAACAACAAUUCCCAAAGCCCACUAAAGGCAAAGACAAGCCCCAACAAAGAGAAGUCAAUAAAGAUAAGAGGCUUUCCCCAAAACCCAAAGCAAUCAACAAACGUGUUCAACGACUUAUGUCACCAGGGAAAAGACAAAAAGAAAGUUCUGCAGGAGCAACCAAGAAAAGUAAGAAAGUGAAAACUUUCUCCAGUGCUGGGUUCAUUAAGAAAAUUUAUGGGAAUAAAUCAAAAUCAGCAAAAAGAGUGAUGAAGCUUAAAAAGGUACCAACACAAAAUGACAGGGGUGUUACAACAAAGAGCUCACAACUGUCUAAAGACACAAUACAAUGUAUUCUCAAAGACCCAAGCAUACCAUCAGCAUUGAAAGAAACUAUGAGUGAGACAGUUCCUUUUGAAAAAAUCUGCCUGAAUGUUGCUCCAAAUGAUGUAAGCCAACCACGGGGAAUACUGACACGGCAGACAUCAAUGCAUCAGGAGAUAAAGAACGAAAAAGAGUGCUGUGAGAUCAGCAAAAACAUGCCACUGCCUGCUUUUAACUCCUCUAGCUUUGUUACCAAUGAAUAUGUGGAAAACUGGCUGGAGAAAGCCCACCUUAACCCCACAGCCUACCCAGAUGAGGAAAGUAAAAAAUUAGAAGCAGUCGUUCUUGUACAAACAGAAAGUGACAGCAGGUGUGGGGAGUCUGAAAAUAAGAAUGGCUUUAUAAUUGUGGCACAGGAGGUAAAGUGUUUAGACUACACAUCAGAAAUACAAUCUCUAAAAACUGACCUACUGCCUGAGAAUGAGCUAGGAGCAUCUGUCAAACAAAAAAUCCAGUCCUUUGAAAACAAAUCGCCAAGUCCAUCAAUGGAGAAAACCCCCGUCAAUCAGCAAAUCGCCAAUAAUCAAACAAACACAGAAAACUACAGUAGUUUAGCUCAGAAUAAUAUAGAAGAAAUAAAGCCUCUCUCGACUCAUAACUGUUCUGAAAAAAUUCCACCUACUAAUGAGAUGGCAACAGAAAUGCCAUCAGACAGUGAAAUAGAAAAUAAAUCCAAUCCGAUUAAAAUGUCAUUUCAAGAAGCAACACCUUCCAAUACACUUUCAAUGGAUCUACCACCACCACCAUCACCACCACCUGCUGAAAAUACAGAGCUGUCAAACACUGAAUACUGCAGGAUGGAUGCAUUCUCAGUGGUCAGCAGCCCACUAUACAGGCUCUCAUCUGUUAGCAGUCAAACAUCAGAUAAUAAUCCAUUAUCCAUCAGCCCUACAUCUGACAAGGCCAUAUCACCUACCGACCACAGAAUGGAAAUGACAACAUCAAUUCAGACUGACAUUCCUUCCACGCAGAGGAAAGCAACAUUACCAAGAGCUCCAUCUAUUAAACGGGCCCCUUUGGUCAGUAAUAUAUCGUUUGACAGGAAAAUGUCUCUCAGAAAGGCUUGCCUGGAUAAAUAUACUUUAUGUAGUGAUGAGACAAGCACAUCAUCUACUCCCGUCAACAUAGUGGGUGAUAAUGUGCUGCCAAACAGCAUCUGUUCAACAGGGACACAAUGGCCGAGUGAAAUCCCACCAGAAGAGACCCAGCAAUCAAACGGCAUCUUCAAUUUGAAAAGUAGUCCGUCAUGUUGUACUUCUGCUACUAGUUUAACAACUGAAGAGAGAAUACCACCAGUUAGUAUUUCAUCAAGUGAGGCUCCAACACCAAGUGAUCUUUCAUUUAGAAAGACAGAAAUGGAUAGAACACCAUUUUUAACUCAAAAAGAAGAAUCUCCUAAACUCUUGGUAAAAAAACUUAUGAGCAGUCCAUCCCCAGAGAGAAAAUCCCAAACCAAGAAAUUCUCUUCGGAACUUUCUCACAACUCUCCAAAGUUAUCAUCAUUACAUAACCUCCUACCGGAUAAAACUAUGUCACCAAAUAUUGGAAUCCGAAGAGAUGCAACACCAAAUGCUAGCCCUUCCUCUGAAAGAAAGCUUUAUAAAUCUAAAUUACAAAAGAGACGGUCUCCAUAUUCUCAGUCUCUGGACAUGGGGUCACCACCUGUCAGACACCAGUCAAGUGGAAAGUUGCUCCCCAGAAAUCUCUCAUCAGACAAUGCAUCAGAGCCCACAAAUAAGAAAACAUCAUCCCAAAGAAAGCAUCACCAAACACCACAGUCAAUAAAAUCAACAGCUGAACUGGACAAAACACUAAACUGUAACACUCUAAUGCCAUUGAAAGCUAAUCAGAGUGAUGACAAUAAAGUGACAGAUGACCUUAUACCAGCAGAUCAAGAGAAAUCCAUAACACAAAUAAUGCCACAGCCUUUAAACAUCGCAAAUCAGCCAAACAUAAAACCUGUGCUUGAGAAAAUUUGCUACUCAAUAAAGUCAAUUAGACAAAUCACACAGAACAAACGUCCAUCGUGUCUGGAAAAGUCCAACAGCCUGCCUGACUUCUCCUCUCAUGUGGCCUCUACGUUUGGCUCAUCAACUACAGCUCUUCUUGCUUUCUUGUCUGUGAUGACCCUAAAGGAAGGCCUAACUAACCUAAAUAUGGAUGAGCUGAAUGCAAACAAUGUCAGCUGUGCCGAGGCUUUAAAAAUGAUUGAUUCUCUCAGAGAAAUUGCCAGCAUUGAGGAUUCCCAUGAGUUAAGAGUUAGUUUGUCCAAUUUACAGCAGUCAGCUUCGAAGCAGCUCCUGCAAAGUUGGAAGGGCUUUCAGGAUCUCAGCAACAAAUGCAAGAGUCGCGGCUCAACACCGAAUAAUCCAGAGCAAGAAUGUGUGACUGAGGCCAGUCCUGAAAAAGACUGUGACAUUGACAAAAAUGUCAUUGAUGAGAUUGUGAAUCAUCUUUACAUACCUGAGAAGCUCAAGGAGGAAUUGACCUCUCUUUCAAUGGGUGUCAAAAGUGACAGUGAAGAUGAAGAAAAGCUUGAAAAAGCGAAACCAAAAGAUAACAGAAAUAUAUCCGAUUUCUCCAAAAAAGAUGUUAAUGUCAGGGAUGUUACUCAAGAUGAGAAAGCUAAUGUUGAUGUGAGCUCCAUCAUUAAAAAAUUCACAGACAUUAACCAGCCAAAACAACGCAGCAUGGGUAGUAUAACUAAAGACAGCCUAUAUGGGCAGAGUGGUGUGGCCAAAUGUCCACCAGCUGAACCUAUUGAUAAACCGAUACCUGAAGCAAGGCAGCUUUACAGCUCAGUGAUUUUUGCAAAAGAUAACGAGCAGCAAAGCCACAAUGAAGAGCAAGAAAAGGCUAAAAUGAAUGGAGUACUAAGCAGUAAGAACCGUUUUGAACAAGACAGCCGUAUCUCUGAGGUAGAGGACAGACACAUAGGAGGUAAUCAGCUGCGGAUGCCCAGUGAAGAGAGUAUGCCUGAGAAUGAGCUUACCCAUGAUGACGAGUCAGGUUCAGAUGAGAAGGGGCAAAACAUGUUAAGUGCCAUUAAAGAUUUGGAGCCGAAUGCGAGCUGUAAGCAAAGUGUAUCCAGCUCAGAAGCAGGUGAGCAACAUAGUUCAGAGGAAUCAGACGUUGAAUGUGAGGAGAUACAACAGGAGAGCAAGGCUAGUGACGACUUGUCCAACCAUGAAAGUCACUCUGAGGAGGAAGGGGAGAAGCAACCAUGCUCAGAUUACUAUGUAGAAGGGAAUGUAAGAGGGAAGGAAAGAAUAUCGAGCCCUGAUAGUCAAAACAAGAUGUCAGAGGUUGAAUGUCAAGCAGGCUCUUUAGGACCGAAUGUUAGUGUUGAUAAAAGCACAUGUAACUCAGAUGUAGAGGAGCCAUCUUCAGAGGAAGAGCAGCCUGAGGUUGACUGUCAAGCAGGCUCUAUAGGACCAAAUGUCAGUGUUGAUGAAAGCACAUGUAACUCACAUGUGGAUGAGCCAUUCUCAGAGGAAGAGCAGCCUGAGGUUGAAUGUAAAGAGCUAAAGGUUUUUACUGAGGUAAGUAUGUCUGGCAAUGAGGUAGAGGAGGAAGAACACCUUGAUGAUCUUUCAGAUCACAGAGAACAAACUAAAUGUAAACAUACACACAUUUCUGAAGAGACAAAAAGCCAGAAUACUGUAGAAGGGGAUCUAAGCAAUUUGAUAGAAAAUCAGGAUUUAUAUACGAAAAAAGACAAUAGCAGUUUCAUAAAGUCUGAAAGUUUAACAAAGAGUUAUGGAUUUAAUGCCGAUGAGGAUAGUGGGAAUGAGCACAGCAGCUGUGAAGAACAUGCAGAGGUAGAGCAACCAAAGGUCGAAGAUGAACAGACCAACAGCUUGCAUGAAGAAGAAUUAAGCUACGGCAAAAAAGAGUCCAGCUCAGUAGAGGAAUAUGCCAAUAUGGACAGAUAUAAAGAAAAGAGCUUAACAGAAGACCUGAAAGCUCCUCCAGUGGCAACACAGUCGAAAAAUACAAAAUGUGAAAAGGCUGUGGAAAAACUCAAGCAUCAAUCUGAAGCAAUAAUAUCCCAAUCUGUCGCAGAGAGAGUAAUUCUUCUGGAAAAACAGGUUGCCAAUGCCCAAAAGACAACAGAAAGUUCCGCCACAAGACGUUGCUCACAAAAAAACGCCCCUCUUGAGUCGGACAUUGAGGAUUCACCCUCUGAAUCGCCCUCAUCUCAGUCGGCUCCCUGCACCCGAUCAGCUCGUCAGUCGUCAUUAUCUUUUAGCUACGAUUCCUGUGGCGUUAUAACAACAGAGCCUGAAAGCAACAGGGUCAGAUCCAUCAGGCAAAUGUUCCUGGCAAAGAGUGCCACAGAUAUCCCACACGGACCUGGACGUUUCCCGAGCCAGAAGAUAUCGGAGCGGUCCGAGUUACGAGCAGAGACCUCAGCUAGUGGCGGGUAUCAGUCUCUGACUUCAAGUGAGCUGUCUAGCAGCGAAGAUGAUUCAGCACGGAAAUCCAUCACUAAAGGCUUUGUGAGAAGAACAAUUGAAAGGCUUUAUGGCAAGAAAGAAGCUAAACCUGAUGAUGAAGCAAGUGAAAGGCCCUCAUCUGCGCCAAAACAGAAAAAGAAAGAACAUUCAAGCAUUUUCUCUCACUUCCAUAAAGCCCAGUCCAAAGCAAUGUCUGAGCUGUCUUACUUCAAUUCCUCUAAUGCACUAGACACCUUAAGUGAAGCAACACAUGUUGCUUUUAAUGUACAAGUCAGGCCUGAAGAAAGUGUCCCUAUUAAUAAUGAUCAAUGGCUCCUUAGAGAAAACACACUGAUCAGAAAGUCUGUUUCAGACCCGGUUGGAAUAAACAAAAACUUAAACUCUCCUCAAGGCGAAGGAAUGUGUGAGGAUACAGAAGAGAACACAUAUUCCCUUUUCAGCACAAAGUCUGAACUAGAAGACAAGAAGUCGUCUUUUUCAAGAAAGUGCACCUACUUUUCUUUGCCCCAUUCUAGUGACUCAUAUACAUGCCAGGAUGACCUGAGCACCGUUAGCAAGAGCAGCGCGAAUUAUGACAGUAUCGUAGAUACAAAGGACAAUUCAGAGGACACUAAAAUGUGGGCAGAGAGGAACGGCACACUGCCCUGUGUUGGUGUUAUUGACUUUAAGAUGAUGGAUAACAAAGUGCACCCGCUGACAGAGCCUCCACCUGUAGUUGUGCAGCCUGGGAAAGGUCAGGGUGUUGUGCGCAGGAUCCCGGAGCCUGAUAUGUUGGACAUACUUUACAAUUUUUGUGGUCAGAAUUGUCCCAUCCUGUAAGGACAUUUUAUCUUUUUUUAAAUACAACCACAAAACCAACACUAAGGACUUUUCUGUCUAUAUAUGUCUACAUUGUUGGGCUACAGCAUAAUAUAUUGUCUUUGGUGCCUACAUUUUGAUGUUGCCAUAGCCUUGGCAUAAUACACUAUCAUGUCAACUCAUUUGAGCCAAAUGCUGAAUGUGUUACAUGCCAAUGGAUUCAUGUUUAUUCAACCUUCAUACUUUACCAUGUAUGUUAAGAGCUUGUGAUCAAUUUAUCAGUUUAUGCUCCUUGUUUAAAGUGGAAGUGAAUUUUUUUCUCUCCUAACAUUGUGAUUGUGUAUUUGCCACACACACUCCAGAGCAGCUCUUUUCUUUUUAUAGGUUGCCUGUCAACAGAUCAAGUACCCAGAGCAUUACUGUAAUCUUGUUUUAAAACUCUUAAAACAGAUCCAAUGUCCCGCAGAUGUCAUGCAACAAGGCCAAUCCCCACUGCACUGAAUAAAUGGAUCAGUUUGUGGUCCCAUCUCAGGUCUGGGAUAACGUUCAGGUGUGCAAAUGGUAGAAAUUGUCAGUAAAUACUCAGUCUGAUGCUUGAUUUAAUGUCAUAUUGGUUGUCUAAAGUGUAAAUAAGACGUCAUUGAUUUUCACUAAGUAACCAUAGCUUAAUGCAUAUCUACGAUAACUUGACCUUUAUAAUUAGGAUAGGUGGUUCUAUGGUUUCAAUGUGGCAGCUGUGACAAUUUUGUGUCUUUAAAUUGACGUGUAAGAAUAAAAGUUUGUGUUU